AUGAUUAACCAUUUUUUCGUUGUUGUGGCUGUUGUUACUGGUGCUGGUGCUGGUGAUGAUGAUGUUGAUAUUGAUGUUGAGAUGGCAGAUGUUGUAGUUGUAGUUGUUUUAGUUGCUAUGUAUGAUACAUACAUAACCUGCCUCUUACUAUUUUUAUUGGCCUCACAUCGAGCUCUGGCAGAUGAGGAUAGUUCAACGGAAACCAAUGAGAUUAUACCACGUGAGGCCAUACAAAAACUAGAUUUUUCAGUAAGACAAGCUCUACUACGUGCCAUAGAUAAAUUGGAACAGGAAGCCAAUGAAGAUGCGGAUAAUGAGAAUGAAACUAAUGAGGAUGAGGAUAACAAAGAAUCUACAACGAUUGUACCUUCCAGCAUAACCAUACAAAGUACAACAGCUCUGCCGUUAGCGACACAAACCAAAGAUGAAAUACUGGAAGAGAGUACUAGUUCCAGUGAUAUUUUUCCUUCGGUGCAAUUUUUCACUGCCACCUACGAUGAGCACAGUGCCCAAGAACAGCCUUUAGCUGUUUUCAUCGAUAAGUCCAAGAAUAAAAUUAAUAAAAAUUUGGGUUCUCCCGUUGUGGUGUCGACCAAUGUCAAGGAAGAAACAAAAGCAAAUAAUCAGGCGGCCCGCAGUGUCAGCAAUACGAAUGUGCAAACUAAUGAAAUUUCUUUAAAUACUUUGGAUGAGAUUAAAUUCGAAAUACGUAAUACAAAAACAAAUCAAAAACCUUCAACUACCACGGAAACGUAUGUUAGUAGCACCACCUCAACAACGACCACACCUCGUCCCAGAACGACUAAGAAACGUACUACCACUACAACGACCACCACCACAACAACCACACCCAGACCCACCCACAAUGAAGAUGGUGAAAAUAUCGAAGUGGUGGCCAAAGAUGAUAUACGCAUACAGGCAGCUCCUCUUGUUAGUGCCUUCACUGUGGACUUGGAUGAGUUGGGCACGGCCAAGAAAGUCAUACCCAUUAUUGAUAGGCCUGCAGCGACAGCAGUUACCGCCAUUGCCAGUACCCAGAGAACCUCAUCGAUAUUUCAACCACCCUUGUUCGGACCCACUAUAACCAAAUUAAGUGUGCUACCAGCCGAAGCUCAGAGAACAGCGGCUUUAAAAUUAGCUAACAAUUUGCCACCGGCAGCUUUGCCGACUCAGUCGACAUUUAGUUCAUCUACAGUGUCUAAUAUAUUUUCGAAUAUUGUGCCCACAUCUGGUCAUUAUAUAACGAAACAGCCACAGAAUCAACAGCAACAACAGCAGCAGCAGCAGGGCAACAAUGUCAACAAUUAUUUGUAUGAAAAGCAACGUGAAUUGGAACAACAAAUCUAUCAAUUAAAAUUACAAGCCCAACAGCAACAAGAACUUAUAAUAAGACAACUGAAACUAUUGGAAGAGCAGGCCAAACAGAGAAGCAACCCAACAAGUGCCACACAUCUAGCCCAACAACAACAACACCAGCUCCAACAACAACCACAACAUUUGCCUUUAGUUCAGCUGCAACAACAACAAGAGCCAGGAUUUACAAUAAGACCUUCUGUUGAAUUUAUACCAAGUACACAAUCAAAACUUGCUCCCAUCUUUCCGACAUACUCAUUGGAGCAACAAUUACCCUUGAAAGAGUCAAAUGGCAAAUACAUAAAUGGUGUCCAACAACAACAACAACAGCAGCAACAGAAUAAUGGAUUUUCUAAUAGUAUUGUACAACCACAAAACCAACAACAGCAGCAGCAACAACAACAACAACAACCACAACAACGAUUGCCAAUUGAAAAUAAUCCCAUACAACAUGUAUUUCACAAAUUGCAAAAUUUACAAACAUCCAAUACACAGGCAGCAUCCAGCAUUUCAAGCAUACAAAUACAGCCAUCGAAUCAAUUGAAUAUUGCACCAACAUUUGCGUCAUUGCUGCCACAGGUGCCAGCCGAAUUGUCGCUAGUACAACCAUUGCCACAACGUAAUUAUCAGCAAUUUCAACAAAAUCCUCUUGUACCACAAUAUGUGACCAAUGCUUUAUUAGAACGCCAACAGCAGCAGCAACAACAACAGCAGCAACAACAGCAACAACAGCAACAACAGCAACAGCUUCAACAAAAUAGAGCUCGUUUAUUUCGCCAAGAGGGCGAUACCUCAAAUUUCGGUGUAAAUCAAGUACAAAUCCAGCCCAGCAAUAAUAUAUUCUCAUCAUACAACCAACAGCAGCAGCAGCAACAGCAGCAAUCCACAAAUAAUUUUGAUAAUCAAAAUUUUUAUAGACAACAUUUAAUACCAUCAUUUAGCAAUCAAUUACAACAGAAUGCUCAACAAUUUUAUCAACAACAAAAUCAGCAGCAACCACAACAACAGCAGCUGCAACAAAACACCCAAACAGGUAACUUAAAUUACAAUCAACGAUUUCACUGGAAUCGUUUCAAUAGCUUAAAAAAUAAUUUAGAUGAAUUUAAUAUAAUUAAUAAAGUUUUAGCUCUUAAUCAUGGUAUUAAUAAUUUUGCACAACAAUCACUUCUACCACCAUCACAAUCUCCAGCACCAGGCACGCAACCACUCGCACAGUCAGCACGUUUCAAUAGCAAUAUUUUCUAAGCAAUGCCAAGGACAACAAAACAAAACAUGCGUUUAUCAAGGACUUUAAACUUUGUCUGCAACAACUAUCUCUAUCGCACUGUCUCUCAAUCUCUUUCUCUCUCAGUUUCCAAAAGCGUUAUUCAUCAUCUCGUCUCACUGUCUAUGCACUUUGUAUUAUAAACACUUUUAAUCCAGCAAACCAUUUACUCUAGCAGCCACCAAUUUACCACAAAUUUUCUUCAAUGUAUCCUUUAUUUUGCACAUUUUCUUACUAAGUUUUCAUUACAACUAUAAAAUUGUUAAAUUUAAGUUAUAUUAAGUUGACUUUUAUGUUUAUUUCUUUUAUUUUUUUUUUGUUAUUUGUUAUAUUUUACGAGCGUGUUGUAUUAAAUUUAAAUAAUUCUAUACAAUUUGUUUUUUAUAUGAAAUGUAACUGUUAAUUUGUAAUAAUUUAUUUGUAAAAAUAAAAUGUUUUUUAUAUAUAAAAAGAAAA